ACGCAGCAGCCAUUGAUGACUUGUAGAGAGAUUGAGAGAGAGAAAUGGCGAGUAUUGUGGUGUUCUCUGGGCUCAUUCCAAACCCUAAACAUAUGUUGAGGUCGUCCCCUUCAAUUUUCACUGGUACGACAGUUUCUCCUCCUUCGUUUCUCAAGCUUCAGAAACAGCCUUAUUACAUUUCUCGCAGUAGUAAUGUGGAUACCUCUAUUCGAAUUGCUUCUUCCACCAGCAGUGAGACAUAUGGAUUAGCUGAAAUUGACUGGGACAAUCUAGGGUUCUCAUUUAUCCCUACAGAUUACAUGUACACCAUGAAGUGUGCUCAGGGACAUGACUUUGUUGAAGGUGAGUUAAAGCGUUUCGGGAACAUUGAGAUGAGUCCAUGUGCUGAGGUUCUAAGUUAUGGGCAGGGUUUAUUUGAAGGUCUGAAGGCUCAUAGGAAACAAGAUGGAAGUAUUGUUCUCUUUCGUCCAGAGGAAAAUGCUUUGCGAAUGAGGAUUGGUGCAGAGCGUAUAUGCAUGCCUUCUCCAACAGUUGAACAAUUUGUAGAUGCUGUGAACAUGAUGGUUUUAGCGAAUAAACGAUGGGUGCCUCCAGCUGGUAAGGGUUCCUUAUAUAUAAGACCGUUGCUUAUGGGAACCGGAGCUGUUCUUGGUGUUGCGCCAGCUCCUGAGUACACAUUCCUGAUAUUUGUUUCUCCUGUGGGAAACUAUUUUAAGGAAGGCUUGGCACCCAUAAAUUUAAUUGUUGAGACUGAAGUACAUCGAGCAACACCUGGUGACACCGGUGGUGUGAAGACCAUAGGAAACUAUGCUCCAGUCUUAAAAGCACAAUCUGUUGCAAUAGCAAAAGGGUUUACAGAUGUUUUAUACCUGGAUUGUGUUCAGAAGAAAUAUCUGGAAGAGGUUUCCUCUUGUAAUGUAUUUGUGGUGAAGGACAAUGUUAUUGCUACUCCCACAAUCAAAGGGACGAUACUUCCUGGCAUAACACGAAAGAGUAUAAUCGAUGUAGCUCGAAACCAAGGAUUCAAGGUUGAGGAACGACUGGUAUGUGUAGAAGAGUUGCUUAAUGCUGAUGAAGUUUUCUGCACUGGAACAGCUGUUGUUGUAUCUCCUGUGGGUAGUGUCACUUACCUUGACAAAAGGGUAACGUACCGAAAUGGGGGUGUCGGUCAAGUGUCUCAGCAGCUGUAUUCUACCUUAACGGGUAUUCAAACGGGGAUAAUAGAGGACAAGAUGAAUUGGACUGUCGAGCUAAAGUAGGUCUUCAAAUGGGGAUUUUCAAGAGGGUUUUUCCUGGUAUGAUUUUCUUUAUAAGCUCAUGUGUUAAGAAAUUACUUCAUUGUAAAUGGUCAUGUUUUAGAUUCAAAUGCUUCAUGAUUUUUUUGAACCAUGUGGUAUAUUAGCUUAGGAUGAGGGAUAAUGAAUUCUCCAUUUCUUUGUAUUAGAGUCAAAAUGGAGUUAGUCUGGAAGUUAACUUCAAUGUAUAUUGCGCUUGAAUAAUUGAGUGAGGAUUGUUUGUCUGAAUGAUUUGACGAUGAUGACGAAUUUGCUGCGCUUCAAUUUGUUUUAUGUAAACAAAGAAUUGGAUUUGGAA